AUGCCGUCUUUUGCGACCCACUCUAACAGGGCAGCAGCCAUGGAAAAGCGGGAGUUCCUGAACAGCAUCCAACAGAGAAGAACGGAAGCUGGAAAACUUGUUGCUGGUGUAGCUGCUGCAUGCAACACUGCGAAUUUCAAGGCGCCGGUAAGAGGAAUGACUCAAUUCUACAGACCACUUCCUUCUAACACACAAAAGGCAUCUGGCAAGCCAUACGCCAAAUGCUGGGACUCUCAUCUCAGCAAAGAGAGCAUGUCCCGACCGCUAUGCAUUCUAAAGCAGGCAGCUGGUUUGGCUGGAAACCCCGGCAUGGUCUCUCUUGGAGGUGGCCUCCCAUCCAGCGAAUGCUUCCCAUUCUAUGACUGGAGCUUCCGUGUGCCCAUGCCACAGGACUUCCCCAGCAGGGAUUCAUCCGCAACAGAUUGUCCCUCGACUCAAACUAUCAGCAUUGGAAAGCAUGACGUGAAAGCUGGAAUUUCCGAGUAUGAUCUCUCCAUUGCCCUGAAUUAUGGUCAGGCGACUGGUUCUCCCCAAAUGAUGCGGUUUAUCACCGAGCACACGGAGCUGGUCUACAACCCUCCCUAUGCGGAUUGGAAGGUCGCUCCGACAGUCGGAAGCACUGGUGCUCUUGAGCAGACUCUUCGAAUGCUUUGUGAUCGCGAGAGGGGUGACUCUCUCCUUGUUGAAGAGUACAGCUUUUCCACUGCGCUGGAAACAAUCCUCCCUCAAGGGAUUAAGCCCAUUGGUGUUCAAAUGGACGAUGAAGGACUUCUCCCUGACAGCAUGGAUGAUAUCCUCUGUUCGUGGGAUCAGGAGGCACGCGGAUCCCGUAAACCGCAUGUUCUAUACACUAUUCCCUCGGGACAGAACCCAACCGGCGCCACUCAGAGCCUCCAGCGCCGCCACGCAAUCUAUGCCGUCUGCCAGAAGCACGACAUCUUCAUCAUUGAGGACGAGCCAUACUACUUUCUUCAAAUGCCCCCAUACCAAGGGAAGAAGGAGGAUGGUCCUGAAGUCUCUGAGGACGUUGAGUCUUUCGUUGCCGGUCUUGUUCCGUCGUACUUGAGUCUCGACGUUGAUGGUAGAGUCCUGCGCAUGGAUUCCUUUUCGAAGGUUCUUGUGCCGGGCUCGAGAUUAGGAUGGGUCACCGCGAGUGCGCAAAUUAUAGAGCGUUUCCUUCGGCAUGCCGAGGUUGCCAACCAGGGACCCAGUGGAGUCUCACAGAUCAUGCUUUGGAAGCUGCUCGACGAGACAUGGGGCCAUGAAGGUUAUUUGAAGUGGCUGAUUUCUUUGAAGAACAGCUAUACCAAGAAGAGAGACAUGCUUCUUACUGCUUGCGACAAGUACCUGCCGAAAUCUGUUGUCAGCUGGAGCCCGCCCACAACAGGCAUGUUCAUUUGGCUGAAGUUAGAUCCGUUGCAGCACCCGGAAUAUCCCGGCCGCUCAAUCGAAGACAUCGAAGGAGGAAUUUUCGAUCAAGCCAUCAAGAACAACGUCCUAUGUGCUCGUGGAACUUGGUUCCGUGCUGAGCCAAACACGCCUGCACGCGGUAUGUUCUUCCGUGCGACAUACGCAAGUGCAACCGAGGAGGCUAUGGACACCGCUAUCCAGCGAUUUGGCGAGGCCAUUCGCCAGUCUUACCACAUUGACCAAUGA